UUCGAUUUUGUCCACCCCUAGAUUGAAAUUUAGCGUCUGUCAAGAACUACAAAAAACAUAUAAAAACCAGAGUCUUCCACGCCAUUUACAAAAAAUAUGCAAUACAUACAUGCAUACGACAUGAUGAGUGAGAGCGAAGAGGACCCCGAAGUGGAGGAUUCCUUUAUCGAUGAAGAUUAUGGUGAUCUGGGGAUUGAAGGUCUUGAAACGGAUAGUACCGAGGAAACAGACUCAGAGCCUGUUAGGGGGCGACGGGCCAGGCGACUUACAAGAAGAGUCAACCGCGCUCUCGUCCCUAGAGAUUAUUUAGUUCAGGACCCCCAGCUGCCACCGAUUGGAAAUCAAGAACAACCUCAGCAACAAGCUGAUGAGGAUUCUCAGGUUGUGCCAGAUGAAAUCAGAGAGCCUGGCCUUAAUCAGGAGGCUCAGGCGCAGCCGCAGCCCACAGAAGAGGAUGAAGAACACCCUCCAAUCCUCGUAGAUCCUGGACCUAUGCCCAGUCUGCCGAGUACUUCUCGGCGAGCCCAAGCCGAGGAACCCGCUGUAAUCAGUCUGGAUACACCGUCACCACCCAAAAAAAGAAAGCGUCUCUCCACCUCUUCUGAUAAAAGUCUAAAAAAAUCUCCCGAGAGUAAACCUGUAAUAUCUGACGACGAAGACAAUGGAAUGACAUGUCCAAUUUGCCUUGAUUCCUGGGAGAUGAGUGGGGACCAUCGACUGGUGUCUCUGCGCUGUGGACACCUCUUUGGGGAAGCCUGCAUUCGGCGAUGGUUAAACGAGAGCCAACGUCAGUCCUCUGUGAAAGUGUGUCCCCAGUGCAAAACAAAGGCGACAUUUAAGGACAUUCGCCACCUAUACGCCAAGCGAAUCCAGAUGCUGGACACGGAUUUGAAGGAGCAACUGGAAGCGGAGCGCCGCCGCAAUCAGGCCUUGUCCUUAGAACUGAACGCAAAAAAACUGGCCCAUCAUCUAACCAGCGAGAAGCUCUUGCUCGUGCAGAAGGACUGCGAUCGUUUAAGAGAACUGCUGAGGGCCGGAGGUAGUUUAGGAGCCUUUGGAGGCGAUGCAGCGGGCAGUGGUGGUCAGAAGAGCCUUAGCCAGCUAACCUCACAUCGUUUGUAUAUGGAGAAGAACUUUGAGAUCACCCGAGAGCCCGGUUGCCGAGUGAUGCUCUAUUCCGCCCGGCAAUCUAUGCUCGUGGCCUCACAGAAGAGCGCCCAGAAUUUGUUUCCUGGAUUCGGAGUGCGCUUCAUCGAUCCAGUUAGCUUUAAGCCACUCACCUUCCUGCACACUUCGGCGCUUCUGGUCAGAGAUAUUGCGUUUAGUGAGUCCCAGCGCCUGUUAACGGUGGCCAGUAGAGAGCCCAAGAUCAAGACCUUCGACAUAAGGACGCGACUUUGCUCGUCCAUGUUCACGGCGCACGACAAGAUGCUCUGGUCCUGCGCCUUGGAUCGCAACGAGCGCGAGCACUUUAUCUACGGUGGGGAUCUGCGAGGAGGAGUUUACAUAUAUGAUAUGCGGUUCCCCGAGAAUAUACUCAGAGAGUUCCAAGCCGAAGAGAACUUUAGUCCUGUGAUACACAUAGUUCCGGUGCCACCAAAUAAGACUUUUACUAGCGGCGGCUUUUUGGUCUGCCAACUGACGGCCCUCACCUUCUACGAGUACGAGUCCUCCAGUGAUACGGCUGUGCCUACUCGUCUGAAUGUGGAGGGACCUUUCCUAUCCAUGCAAUACGAUCCAGUGCAGGAUUCGGUGCUCCUAGCAGCGCGAUCCAAUAGUAACUCACCCCAGUCGCGUUUUAUACUUGGAAGACUUGACAAGAUCGACAAUACUCCAUUGCUAAGGGUGAAGGCCACCAUUUUUGGCUCGAAAGCGACUCCGAUUAUGACGCGACCUGCUCAACUUGGAGUGGAGGAUAACACCCUGGUGCUGGGCUAUCUGCAGGACAGCAAGCAGCUGAUGAUGCACGACGUGCGGCGGGAAGAGCGUGUGCAAACGAUGCCCGUCAACGAGGUGAUCUACGACAUCUGCCCGGUGGCCACCCAGGCGGGAUCCUAUUUGGCCGCCCUCGCCGACAACAAAUGUCGCGUGUACAAGUUGAUAAGCAAGUGAUGUUUAGCAUGUGCAUUCACUAUACCCAAAGAUGUAUUUAGGUUUAGCUGAUUUCCUCAAAUUGAGAGACUGCUAACGAAAGAUUAAGACAAACCUUUUACCUUAAGUUAUUAGUUAAGUUUAAUUGUUAGUUGUAUUUUUCAUUUUUUCCAUUUAUUAAACAUUUGUCAACCUUACGGUUUGCGUACAAGAUUGCUCUGAACAUAAAUCUAUAUUCUGUACUCUGUGUCCUGUUUUUGAUUCUUGAUUUCAAUUUUUGAAUGCUCUUAGUCUGCUGUGGAUAAGUCUUGUAUAAAACACAAUAGAAAAUGUUGGUUCGGUUAAUAAUAUACAUAUAAAGCUAUACAAAAAUGUGUUAUCCAUACAAUAUCAGAUUUAUAUAUAUAUGCGUAUUUAUAGAUAAUCCUAAGUGAAUUGUGGAAAUGAACGAAUGAUUAAAUAGAUGUUUCUAAAUUCAUUCCUGACAGUCUCGAAA